AGCCUCCCUCCCAUGAGCAGGGCGGACGUUUUUUGGAUGCGGGAUGCGCACCGUCAUUUCCUGUCUCCGCCGGCCGCGGGCACAGCCCAUGGAGUGAACGAGUGGGCGACGGCUUUGCCGCAUUCAUGCCUGCCCGCAGAUAGCUUCCACUCACAGAACGUGUAAAUCAAGGACGAGUUAUCUAUUUGACAAUCCAAUCAAAAAUGGCAGCUAACAAGAAUAAGAAUCAGAGCUCGUUGGCCCUGCACAAAGUGAUUAUGGUGGGCAGUGGAGGUGUAGGCAAGUCGGCACUAACGUUGCAGUUCAUGUACGAUGAGUUUGUUGAAGACUACGAGCCUACUAAAGCUGACAGUUACAGGAAAAAAGUUGUUCUGGAUGGCGAGGAGGUGCAGAUAGACAUCUUGGAUACUGCUGGACAGGAGGAUUAUGCAGCCAUUCGGGACAACUACUUCCGUAGUGGGGAGGGUUUUCUCUGUGUCUUCUCCAUAACUGAGCAAGAAUCUUUUACUGCCACUGUAGAAUUUAGGGAACAAAUUCUCCGUGUGAAAGCAGAGGAAGAUAAAAUCCCAUUACUUUUAGUGGGUAACAAGUCUGAUUUGGAAGAUCGGAGGCAAGUGUCUGUUGAAGAAGCAAGGAGCAAAGCAGAAGAAUGGGGAGUUCAAUAUGUGAGCUCAGCUAAAACGCGAGCCAAUGUAGAUAAGGUAUUUUUUGAUCUGAUGAGAGAGGUCCGAGCAAAGAAAAUGUCAGAAAACAAAGAUAAAAAUGGAAAGAAGAGCAGCCGAAACAAAAAGAGCCUCCGAGAGCGAUGUUGCAUUCUGUGAAUAUUUUUUGUGGGGGGUAUGUUGACAGAAAUUUGAACUUGGGCACUUGGUAUUCAUGUAGCCACUCAGUUUGUUUAUAAUUGGUCACUGUUUAUUUUAUAGUAAAACAGUGUUAAUUUUGAGUGUUGGGUAAUGCUGGGUACAUUGCCAAUGCAUUGCUCUGUGAACUGUCAAAUAUGUUGUAUCCUUUAGACCUACUUAUAAGAUUUGUAUUUCUUUGCUUUUUUUUUAUUUUGGACAUAUAACUUUGAGCAACUGUUCAUAUCAAUAAUACCAUGCUUCCAUCUUCCAUUCCUAGGUUUAUUCGUCCUGUUAACUGCUAAUUAUUCAGAACUACCUUUCAAAAUCAAUCUGGGAAAUAAUUACAGGACAGAUUUCAAAUGCAUCAAAGUAAAGUGGCAGGUUUAUAAAAGGCAGCAUAUUGAAGCUGUUGUACUUUAGUUCAUCAAAGUAUAAUUUAUCUUUUUAAUGUGAGAACCUUGUGAUUAAAUGACAUUUGAUAAAGUAGGUAGAACACUCUUAAUCCCCCUUUUUGUAUAUUACCAUAUGUGGACUUCUACGUGUGCCAUUCAUUGGAGGAAGAGGAGAAUGAGUAACCCCAACUUGCUCUUAGCUACUGCAGUCAAAUUUAUCAGAGUGGCUGGUGGAUUUUGAACAGUCUAGAAAAGCAGUUCACCACGAAUAGCAUGACCUUAUUUCUGUUGUUGUUGCUCACUUUUAGGUUGUCACAUUUGGAAGUAUUUUCUUGAUGAUUUCACCUCUUGGCUUAAUACCCUAGCUAAAAGAAAAAUCUUUAUGGGUCAUUUUGGACCUAAUCCUCCACUAGCACUUGUCACUAUUGUUACUAGCCUUCCACUAUUUAAUACAUUGAAUGCACAAUACCAUUUUCACUGUUCGUAAAGCCUAUAUUGCAUUCUCUACAUCCACGUGUUGUAUUAAAGGUAGAUGGAGAUCUGGAUAUCACUGUCACUUGAAUAUUCCAUGCUGCCGUCACCAGCACAAUAAUUAGGAAGGUAUUGUGUUUUGAAUUAUCUGACUUUCUUUAGGAUCAUGAAAAGUUUGAACUAUUUGUUGGAACUAAUCGUGUUUUAUGAGUAACUAAAUACACGUUGAAACACAGCAGUCAUGACUUAAAUGUACACUAUCCUUUGUGGACUUGUGUAGAAAGAAAAUAAUAUCGAGUUCUUUCAGAUCUUUUAAGAAGACAAUGGACCUGUGUGAAGUGGACCAAUAUCUUGCUGUUUUUAGACAUUUGUAAGGAAUGAGAUUGGAUUGUACUAGUGUCUGUAAUAUCAUGUGACUGAUUUGUACAAGACUAUUUUGAAGUUAAGGAUGAUUUCUGAAUGGUGGUAGAUUGUUACUGUAGUUUAUACAUUUAAAACACUAUAGCAAUUUAUUUUCUGCAUUUGCCUUAACAUGAAUUGCAUGCAACUUGAAUUUCACCCUCUUGUAGAUAACUGAAUCUCUCCAUGAUUUUAUUGCAACCUUUUUGUUGAACUGAAGGGGUUGAGGUUCUAUACUAAUAAUGAACUGUGAUAUUGUAUUGCCAAAUAGCUAUCCAGAUUGUUUACACUGUUUAACAAAACUAAUUUCAAGGUUAUUUUUUUCUCAAUCAGAAAAAAAUUGUCAUCAAAAUUUGAAAACUUUCAACAUGAAGAUUUACAAAUAAAAACUAGCAGCAUAACUUGA